GCAGGGCCGAGCUGGCAAUCCGAGACGUUCGUGGGGGGACGUUCAGCCCAGGGCUCAGCCUCGCGCCCUCCCGGGCCCAGACGUCUGGGCGUCGUGCCUCGCCGCCCGCCGCCGCGUCCCCGCCCCGCGCGCCCCCGCUGCGCCCUCGGGUUUUCCGCCGGCGGCUCCGGGCUGGGCGGUGGCGAAGACCCGCCUCCGUGUCCCGCCGGACCCGCAGAGGGUCACUUCCCCUCUCAGGUUUCGGUUUCCUCGUGUGUCCCGUGGGCCCGCUGACCCCGAUCAAAGUCCUCCUGGGCGGCCGAUCGCCGGCCGGACCCCCAGCCAAGCGCCCCGCACAGUCCUCGCUGGGUGAGCCGCGCCGGGACCCAGCCGCCGCGCCUCGUCUCCAGGGCGGAGCCCGCGCCGCGCCCGGGCCCCGUCCCUGAGCCCCUCCGUGGCGCCCCGACCCCGCCAUGGCUCUCCCGGGCCGGGGGUGCCGCCUCCUGCUGCUGCUGCUGCUGCUGGUUCUGCCGCCGUCUCCCGCGAGCUCGACGUCGGACCGUCCCCGGGCCGGCGACCCGGUCAACCCAGAGAAGCUGCUGGUGAUCACCGUGGCCACCACCGAGACGGAGGGCUACCGGCGCUUCCUGCGCUCUGCCGAGUUCUUCAACUACACCGUGCAGACCCUGGGCCUGGGACAAGAGUGGAGAGGAGGUGAUGUGGCUCGCACUGUGGGCGGAGGACAGAAAGUCCGGUGGCUGAAGAAGGAAAUGGAGAAGUAUGCGGACAGGGAUGAUAUGGUCAUUAUGUUUGUGGACAGCUACGAUGUGGUUCUGGCGGGCAGCCCCUCAGAGCUGCUCAAGAAGUUCAUGAAGAGCGGCAGCCGCCUGCUCUUCUCCGCGGAGAGCUUCUGCUGGCCCGAGUGGGCGCUGGCCGAGCAGUACCCAGAGGUGGGCACGGGGAAGCGCUUCCUCAACUCUGGUGGGUUCAUCGGCUUCGCCCCCACCAUCCACCGCAUUGUGCGCCAGUGGAAGUAUAAGGAUGACGAUGAUGACCAGCUGUUCUACACACGCCUCUACCUGGACCCGGGACUACGGGAGAAGCUCAACCUCGGCCUGGAUCACAGGUCCCGGAUCUUUCAGAACCUCAACGGGGCUUUAGAUGAAGUGGUGUUGAAGUUUGAUCGGAACCGCGUGCGGAUCCGGAACGUGGCCUACGACACGCUUCCUGUCGUCGUCCACGGGAACGGCCCCACCAAGCUCCAGCUCAACUACCUGGGGAACUACGUCCCCAACGGCUGGACCCCAGAGGGCGGCUGCGGCUUCUGUGAGCGGGACCGGAGGCCACUGCCAGAGGGGCAGGCUCUGCCGCGGGUGCUCCUGGCUGUCUUCCUGGAGCAGCCCACCCCGUUCCUGCCGCGCUUCCUACAGCGCCUCCUGACGCUCGACUACCCGCCCGACAGGGUCACCCUCUUCCUGCACAACAGCGAGGUACACCACGAGCCCCACGUGGCCGCCGCGUGGCCGCAGCUCCAGGACCAUUUCUCAGCAGUGAAGCUGGUGGGGCCUGAAGAGGCCCUGAGCGCCGGGGAGGCCAGGGACAUGGGCCUGGAGGCCUGUCGGCAGGACCCCGACUGUGACUUCUACUUCAGCCUGGACGCAGACACGGUCCUCACUCACCCGCAGACCCUGCGCAUUCUCAUCGAGGAGAACAGGAAGGUGAUCGCACCCAUGCUGUCGCGCCACGGGAAGCUGUGGUCCAACUUCUGGGGCGCGCUGAGCCCCGACGAGUACUACGCGCGCUCCGAAGACUACGUGGAGCUGGUGCAGCGCAAGCGAGUGGGCGUGUGGAACGUCCCCUACAUCUCCCAGGCCUACCUGAUCCGAGGUGACACCCUGCGCACAGAGCUGCGCCAGAGGGACGUGUUCUCCAGCAGCGACAGCGACCCGGACAUGGCCUUCUGCAAGAGCCUGCGGGACAAGGGCAUCUUCCUCCACCUCAGCAACCAGCAGGAGUUCGGCCGCCUCCUGGCCACAUCCCGCUACGACACUGACCACCUGCACCCGGACCUCUGGCAGAUCUUUGACAACCCUGUGGACUGGAAGGAGCAGUAUAUCCACGAGAACUACACCCGGGCCCUCGAAGGGGAGGGGCUGGUGGAACAGCCGUGCCCCGACGUCUACUGGUUCCCGCUGCUCUCGGAGCAGAUGUGUGACGAACUGGUGGAGGAGAUGGAGGCCUUCGGGCAAUGGUCCGGGGGCCGGCACGAGGACUCGCGGCUGGCAGGCGGCUACGAGAACGUGCCCACCGUGGACAUCCACAUGAAGCAGGUGGGCUUUGAGGACCAGUGGCUGCAGCUGCUGCGCGCCUACGUGGGGCCCAUGACCGAGAGCCUGUUCCCUGGGUACCACACCAAGACCCGGGCGGUGAUGAACUUCGUGGUCCGCUACCGGCCGGACGAGCAGCCCUCCCUGCGGCCACACCACGACUCCUCCACCUUCACCCUCAACGUCGCCCUCAACCACAAGGGCCAGGACUAUGAGGGUGGCGGCUGCCGUUUCCUUCGCUAUGACUGUGUGGUCUCGUCCCCGCGGAAGGGCUGGGGGCUGCUGCACCCCGGCCGGCUCACCCACUACCACGAGGGGCUGCCCACCACGCGGGGGACACGCUACAUCAUGGUGUCCUUCGUGGACCCCUGAGCCUGGAACCCUCCACCACCUGCGGUGCCUUCUCCUCAUGCCAGCCCCCCUACGCGCCUGGGAUCGAAUGUCUCGCCCCACGCCCAGGCCCCCCCGGAAGCCCCAGGGGUCCCCGCAGACCGCCCCCUCAGCUCUGAGGUUUGUUUCGGGGGAAAUCGGGGUCCGGAGAUCCCCCUGUUAUAAGUUAUUUUCUCAGCCUCCUGCCCAGUAAAAGGAGAUUUGUAAACCUU